CUCUUUGAAGGAAGAACUGUUUUAUUUCAUAAUCGAUAUUUCUGUCCGGAAUGUUGUCGUGUGGCACACGACAACAAAAACACGGAAGAAGCAGCGAUCAGCUGACACAACUACCGCACGGUUGCACUGUGUUGCUGUCAGUUUCUUGUUGUAAAAAACAGCUUGCAUCAUGGAGGAUCAGGAGAUGCAGCUGAAAGUCAGACGAGUGACCGACAAAUUCACGGAGAGCAUGUACGUCCUGGCUAACGAGCCAUCAGUGGCUCUCUACAGACUGCAGGAACACGUCAGGAGGUCGCUGCCUGAACUGGUGCAGCACAAGACAGAUAUGCAGAGCUGGGAGGAGCAGAGUCAAGGAGCCAUCUAUACUGUAGAGUAUGCAUGCAGUGCCGUGAAGAGCAUGACAAACAGCAGCAUGUAUUUCAAAAACAUCGACAGUCUCCUCCGUCAAGCUAUCAGCAUCAAGGAACAGAUUAGCAGCUCUCAAGGACGCAGCUUAAAUGAUGUGACCCCUUCUCCCAGUCCCCUUGUCUCUGCUCCACAUGCCCCAUCCACUUCCUCAUGACCUCUGAACAGAGGUGUCCAAGGAAAAGGACCAUAGACUCUGGAAUGCUAAAGGAAGGGGGAGAAAAGCACAGCUCUGGGAUGUGACGUAACUUCCUGCGCUGGUGGUGUUGCUUUCUGAAGUCCCUUGCUCUGCUAGCUAAUGAUUGUGGCUAAAGUGGGGUCAUAAGGACGACACCUUCUCAUCACAAUGGGGUCACUGCCUCCAGUGACCCCAUAGUACAAGCCACUCAGUGGAACAGGGCAACACAGCACUGCCAGGUUCAGCAUUAAAAACACUUAAGUCAUGGACGCUACUCAAAGAAUGCAUUGUUCUCUUGGACCCGCUGGAUGGACCACAAAGAAAGCAGCAGUGCUGUUUUCUCCUCUGCUGUUGAAAAUCCACCACAACGCCAGUGUUUUGGACAUUAGUUUUCGGGGUUUCUUGAGUUUGUUGUUGAAGGCUAAAGACUAGAAAGUACCCUGCAUGCUAAUUCUAAAAGCUUAAAUACACGCACACAAGGAAAACCUACAGAAGUGUGCUAGAAGGCAAUAACAGGUGCCUAGCUCUAACCUGUGUUUCAGUAAUUAAGUAAACCCUCAUGCCAGAUGGGGCAAAAUGUUCCCAAAGAAAGAAUACAGACUCAUUUAUUAUUCUCAAUUAAGAGAAUCACAUUUUUCACUCAUUUGUUCUUACCUGCCAAGUAGACAGAAACCCCCAGGCAGAAAAGUCCAAUAGCCACAUGUCGUACAGCUCUGCUAUCCAGAAGGAACCAGUCCGCUCUGUUGAGAGAAAAAAAAAAAAAAAUGUCAUAUGUUCAGUGUCAUGGCUCAGAUAUGUUUACACUUUAACAUUGCUACGUUAGUUUUCAUAUAAAUACAUGAAGACAAUUUUAUGCAACAUAAUUUCUGGUUUCACAGUUUUCCCUUGUUUCAGUUGAUUGCACCUUCUUUGCUGUACAAUCAAACUUCUCUUGUCCCUUUUUAUUUCUCCCCUGUUCAGUUUGAAUAUCAGAACCGUAGGUCCUAAAACAUUGGAUCAUUGAUUAUUUGGGUAUGUUCAAAUGCUAGAUAUUGUGUAUAGCGCAUUAUUAUUCACAUUUUCUUGGAAUGUCCCCUCCGUCAGUGGGGAGGUCCUGGGGCAUGCUGUUGGAUUUUUAAACCGACGUGGGAAAGGACUAGCUAGAGGACGUGAGCUGGGUGUAUAAUGAGAGGAAGGCCAUUGUUUCGAUGGGAUUCAUAGGGGUUGAGAGGUGGGGGUCGACCAACUACAUUGCAAUGUGGGCCUCUGCACUCUGACACAUUAGGGCUUUUAUGCUUCUGAAACCAUGUUUUCUUUUAAUGAAACUUAGUACAGUUACAUUUUUCAUUCUGGAUAAGGCUGUGGUUUACAGAGCACAAUUAAAGAAGUAAUAGGAAACACA